AUGGGACCACCACCUUGGCUUACUCCAGUUGGUGUACAACUCAUUGGUCCACCAGUCCACCAAGGUCACGCCCUUUUCAUUGGCACAUGGGUGAGAACCCAGGCUUCCCACGACUCUGGACCAAACUACGCCUCUACCAUGAGUGCCACCUUGGCAUCAGCCAUCAACCUUGUCCAGCUGAGGAAUUUGGAAAGUCAGGCAGCCAAUGCUCUCCACCUCAACGAGCUCUUUAAGGCACCAACCUUUGAAGUCAAUCAACAAGUAUUGCUGUUCACAAAGCCACUCUCUUGCCAAGGUCGAUCAGAGAAAUUAACUCGCACCUGGAAAGGACCAUAUACCAUCCAAUAA